GUUUACAUGGGGCAUUUUGCAGGGGUCUGAAUGUACUGGAGUGGUUGGGUUGUUGCUAACUCUCCUCACUAGCCCGGUGCACCACACUUGCCCUCAAUUGCGAAUGCUCUACCCUCUUCCCCUCCCCUCAAUGCAAGGGUCUGACAACCUGCGGUAGUCUCCGGCAACGAGGCACCAUCGGAUGUUAUCCCGGGCACGGGUGAGAGUGUGUGGGUGUGUGUGUGUGGGUGGUAGUGCAGGCAGGGGAAGCCGGAAUGCUGCUCCCCUGGUCACGCCAUGGUGGUGUCAGCGCGGGGAGCGGGGAGCUCUCCAACACUCCGGGCGCCGACUGAAAAUACUCUGUCACAAAUAGGCUGGGGAAUGAGUCUAGCAGACUGCUGUCCGGCGUUGUCUUCCACUUCGCCGAAGGGGAAUGAUGAACUCUUAAGAAGUACAUGGGCUCCCAAUGAAUCUUGCACAGGGAAUCUAAACAGAAGGCUGCAUUAGUUCACCCUCCUGAGACAAGGCUGUAGGACUGAUGGGGACAAUAGCAGGAGAUGUGGAUGCACAGACAGUGCAAGGACUGGUGGUGGGCGGUGAAGACCCUGGAGGAAGUGCCUGCACCAACAGUCAACAGAAACCAGUAUCUCCAGACAAUCAGCAGGUGCUGGGUUCGUGCCCUGAGACAAACGUGGCCGUCACCAGUUCCACUCUCACUCCCAGUGCGCCCGGCCAAGCUGAGGACGAUGGGUGCAGAGGAGCGGAAGGGGAACAGAUCAGUGCAGCGAUUGCCACGGCCGACAGCCGGGACGGCACAGGCGUGGUUCCAAGCCAGUUAACAAUAGCCCCGAGAAUACAGGUGGAAAGUGGGGCAGACGGCCAGCAGAUCAAGUGUGUGGCCGCAGGUCAACUUAGUCAAUUGACCAGCAAUGUGGACAAAGAACCUAAGGCAUCAAAUGGUCAACGCACCAAGUGUGUGGACACUGGACCUCCUGGGACUGAUGGUCAACGGACCAAGGAUGUUGACAUAGGGUCACUUGGGACUCUUGGUCAUCAGACUACAGGUGAAAACACAAAACCUCCUCCUGGGUUUGAUGGGCAAUGGACCAAGUGUAUGGACACAGAACCUGCUGGGACUGAUGGUCAACGGACCAAGUGUAUGGACACAGAACCUGCUGGGAAUGAAGGUCACUGGACCAAGGAUAUGGACACAAAACCUGUUGAGACUGAUGGUCAGUUGACGAAGGAUGUGGCCACAGGGUCCCCUGUGACUGAUGGUCAACAGUCCAAGGGUUUGGACUCGGGACCACCUGGGAAUGGUGGUCAGUGGACCAAGGGUGUAGAUGCAAGAUCUCUUGGUUUUGAUGGUCAGUUGACCAAGGCCGUGGAUACUGGGCCACCUGGAACUAAUGAUCAACAGACCAUGGGUGUGGGCACAGGACCUAAUAGGAAUGAUAGUCAUCGGACCAAGGGUAUUGACACAAAACCUUCUGGGGCUGAUGGCCAACAGCCCAAGGGUAUUGACACAAAACCUUCUGGGGCUGAUAAUCAUUGCAGCAAGGGUACAGAUGCCUCACCAUCUGGAAUAGAUGGUCACCAGGCCAAGAAAGUGGACAAAGAACCUCCUGGGACUGAUGGUCAAUGGACAAAAGGCAAGGAUACAGAAUCUCCUGGGUCUGAUGGUCAACAGGCCAAGGGUGUGAACACUGGGUCUCCUGGGCUGGUUGAUCAACAAACGAAAGGUAUGGGCACAGGGCCUCCUGGGACUGAUAAUAAUUUGGCCAGUGGUGGAAAUAGAGGACCUACCAUACCUCAUGGUCAGAAAGCAAAGACUUUGGACAUACGAGUGUCUAGAGCUGAGGGUGAAUGGACCAUGGAUGGGGAAUCUGGAUCUUCUGGGACUGAUGGUCAUCGGACAAUGGCUUUGGAUGCAGUACCUUUUGGAGCAAAAAACGUGGAGACCCACAGUCAAUAUCUAGCAGGAAAUGAGAAGGGUUCAGAACCGGAUCAAGAGAUAGGACUGGACUUGCACCGCCAGAAGGCUUCCCAGAUCCAAAAACCUGAACAGGGCAUAAUUGAAAGAGGAGAGGGAGAGGACAUUGGCAGUAAGAAUGACCCAGCAGUAAAGUAUGCUUUACCUGCCAAUGGAAGUGGAAAAAUCACUGAGGCUGAAUCUAAAGCUGAAAACUGUGAGCAGCAACUGGGAUCUGGAAAGAAGGGAGAUGCCAUUACCAAAACAAGCCCAGAUUCACCUGAAGAAGUUCAUGGACUGCAGAUUGCAUCAAAGGGAAAUGAACCAUCCAUCCACAACAGCAGCGCAGAACAGCAGUCACCCGUGCAACCAUUGGGUACUGAGUCAAACCAAAAGGGAAAAUGCCAACAAAAUGAGUCCAGAUUUAAGGAUGCAGAGACAAUGACGACCCAGUCUCCAGCCAGCUCCUUUGCUUCCAACUGGGGUAAGUCCUGCCGGGAUGCUGAGGUCCAGGCAGUUCUGCAGAGCUUUCAGUGUAAGUCAACUGCAACCAGUCCCAAGAGCCCAGUGCCCGGGUUGGCAGGGAGCUUACUGAUUCAUUGCCAGGGUGCUGUGAUAGACUCUACAGAGAGCAGUUCCUCCAAACUCUACGCAGCCAGUGAUCACAUGGUGUGCAUCAGUGAUGCUCAACAGGGCUCGGAACAACUGAAGAUCACUUGCACAUUCACAGAGGGCUCAGAGCAGUCGAGUAUCACUUGCGAACUUGGUGAGGAGACACCGGGAGUGGAAUCACAUGGAGGUAACAAGCAAAACAAGCAGGAAUCCCUGAAAGGACCAGAUUAUCAUCAGGUAACAAUGACCUGUAACAAGGGCAUUGGGCGGCCGGUUACUGAAGUUCCAGAACGUGGACAGGAGCAAUCUCAUGCUAUCAUUAAUCAAUCAAAACCCAUUGGAACUGGACCCUUUGAACACUUGCAGCUCAAAGCAGAAGCUGACUGUUCAAAUACCACGUCAAUGCUGCACCAAGGACCUAAGCGGUCAAAGAAUGCUUGUGAUGAUGGCGGGAAUUCCGAACAAUCAUAUAUAAAUAAUAGGUUGAGACAAAAGCCUUCCCACCUCACCACGCCAUAUUGUGUAGCCGAGGCAUCUGUGCACCACAGUGAUGCUGCUUGCUCCAAUAACAAGUACAAUGAACCGGACACCAUUCUCCACAAUACAAGCCAAUUAAGCCUUGCUGCUGAUGUCAAUGCAGAAAUCCUACCACACAAAAGCAGUAAAGAAUUUGAGCAAUCAAAAAAAGUACUAAGCAGGCCAUCUGGUCAAUCAAGGGACAUCCAUAAUGAGUCUGAUGAAUUGAAAAUAGGCUCAGACUUUAGUAAGCCAACCAAAUCCUCAAACUUUACUGAAGACAUUCAGAAGGUAUGUGAUACAUCACCCGUUAUUAAUAUAGCUGAUAAGGAUUGUAGAUCAUUGAAAAUGGCUGGUGACACGAUGACUAGUUCUGUUCAAUCGCAAGAUGUACUAAGAGAGCAUGUUCAGUUAAAACACCAUGACCUCAAAGAGGAAAGCAAGCAUUCUAAAGAUGGUAUCAACAAAAUAACCAUCCAUCCACAAGCUACAUGUGAUGCUGGUGCAGAAUCUGGUCAAUCGCGGAGUCCGUACAAUAUCUCAGAGGAAACUAAUGAUCCAGACACUGCCCAGAACACAAGGAGAGCAUCCCACCUUUCGAAAGAUACACACGUUAUCAACCAGAGAUUGGACCAGUCACAAACUGCUUGUGAUGCCAAGAAAGAAUCGAACCAAUUGAAGACUGAUUUGAAAAAAGGCAAAGAAUCUGGCCAGCCAAUAUCUUCGUCCGACAACUGUAAGGGACUAGCCCGAUCGAAAGCAGGCGAUGUUACAAAGAAGCAAUCUGUGCCAUCAAAGAAUACUCACCGUGCCAGUAAGCAAUCUGACCGCUGUAAGAGUGGGAAAGCAAAAAAGGCGAUCGAUGUGCAAGUUAAACAAGAGCAGGGGGCCAGUGACGCAGGUAAAGAGAAGAAUGUCCGUGACGUGGUCUGGGAUGAGCAGGGGAUGACCUGGGAGGUGUACGGAGCUUCCCUUGACCCUGAAUCAUUGGGAUUUGCCAUCCAGUGCCAUCUACAGAGACAGAUCGUUGAGUACGAGAAGCAAAUCUUGGGAAACAACCAGAGCAAAAGAUCAGCGUCUAUAACCGCGACCCCUGGGAGCAAUAAACCUAACAAACGGAGGCAGCAAAAUAUAUUCAGGACAGUUCUACAGAACAUGAGGUCUCCACAAUGUUGUGUUCGGCCAGAACCUUCAUCUGUGAUUGACUGAAACUAAUUUAGUAAUAUGUCAAGAAAUCCUCUGCUUUCUGCUUUUUCUCUUCCUGGACAAGUUUAUGGAUUCUAUAUUUCAGAUUUUUUUUUUCUUAACAUACGUGGACAUGGACAUUCUAUCGUGUAUCAUUUAUUUCCCAAGGAACCAUGUAGGUUUGAUAAAAAGACCCAACAUGCUGGAGUAACUCAGUGGGCCAGGCAGCAUCUCUGGAAAAUAUGGAUCGGUGCCACUUCAUGUUGGGACCCCUUUUCACACCCGGAACAUUGGUUUCCCCUGACCCAAACCAUCACCCAUCCAUGUUCUCCAGGGAUGCAGCCUGAUCUGAUGAAUUACUCCAGCACUUUGUAUCCUUUUUGUGUAUUAACCAGCAUCUGCAGUUCCUUGUUUUUACACGUAGAUUGGAUGUUAGACAAUAAUGUUCACUAUCUGUAGAUAAAAUGAGUUGGUAGUUAUUAUUUCAUAAAGAGUAUAUUAAUAUAUAGAGAUGACUGGUUUGUGAAAAUGGUGUUCAGAAAUUCUUGAACUAAAAUAAAAUGUAUCUGUCAUUUUGAAGCCCAUGAAUUUCACUCUAUGGCCUACAAUGCAUGAAAACAUUUGAUAUAUUUUGAUUGUAGCAGUACAAUUCCAGCUGCGGGAAAUCUGAAACAAAAUCAGAAAAUGCAGGAGGCAUUCCACACAUGCUCUUCUUCCAGGUUUGUGUGUUACACCCAAUGCUCACAGUGUGGUCUCCUCCACACUGAAGAAACCAUUCACAGAAUAGCAUACCACUUUGCAAGGCACCUCCUUUCAUAGAAACAUAGAAAAUAGAAAAUAGGUGCAGGAGUAGGUCAUUCGGCCCUUCGAGCCUGCACCGCCAUUCAAUAUGAUCAUGGCCGAUCAUCCAAAAUUAGUACCCCGUUUCUGCUUUUUACCCAUAUCCGUUAGCCCUAAGAGCUGAAUCUAACUCUCUUGAAAGCAUUUGUCCACAAGGACAGCCCCGAGCUUCCAGCCAUCCUGUCUCUUGAAAUCUCCCUUCUCAAUCAGCUGGCACAGUGGGUGUAGUGGUAGAGUUGCUGCCUUACAGUGGCAGGGACAACCGGUUCGAUCCUGACUAAGGGUGCUGUCUGAAUGGAGUUUGUACGUUCCCCCGUGACCACGUGGGUUUUCUCCGGGUGCUCCAUUUUCCUCCCAUUCUCCAAAGGCGUACACGUUUGUAGGAUAAUUGGCCUGUGUAAAAAGUAAAUUGUCCUUGGUGUGUAGAUUAGUGUUAGUGGACCGAGUGAUCACUGGCCAACGAGGUGGGACGAAGGGCCUGUUUCUACGCUGUAUCUGUUAAAUAAAGUAAACUAAAUUAAAGUCCAAUUCUUAUCUCCAAUGAAAGCUAUCCCUGUGGACAUGUGGUCGUCAUUUGGACUUAAUAUUGGACUAUGGAUUUUGAAUAACCACUCCUUUUUAAUCUCUUUUCCUCCAAAGACAUGAUUAUAGAAUUUGUUUCUCUUUUUCUUUUACAUUACCAAUUGUCAUUUUGUAAGUUAUUGUUACCUUGACAACUUUUAACCUGCACCUCUUCACAGGCACUUCCUCUGUUGCAAUGCUACUCCGCAGCCAAACCCCAAUUGUACCCACGCCCCAUGUAAUGUAAAACACCCGUGCCAUUUCACCUUAGUAGUUCUUAUGGACGGUACUUGAUCUGAAAGGCCAUUUCUAUUCCCCUCCCCCACUGGUGUUGUCUAGCCUGCUGAGUGCCUCCAGCAUUCUCUGGUUUUGAUAUACUUUGGUGUUUGUUCGUGCUUUCAGGGGCAAAGUUUACAUAAGCAGCCCAUGACGUUUAUGGUUCUGUGUUUCCUCCAGAAUGUCAUCUGAAAAGCAAAUACGCAUUGAAACAUCUUGAAAUUGAGCCAACAGUAGGGUUAUUGUGUACAUUGGUAGUACAGGGUAUUAAGCCGUUUCCUACAUUCAUUAAAGAAAAGAUCAUAGUACUUGUUCCCUUUCAUGUUACUUCUUGGAUUAAUGUGCGAUAUUUAGUAAACCAGAAAAUGUUUUAGUGUAAAAAUAUAUGACUAGAAAUAUUAAUAUUAUGCAUCAUAGCUCACCUUCCUAGGUGGAGUAUAUAACUGUGUUUUAAUUUUCAUGACAGAACUAAGAAUCGCCAAAUUUUCUGCUAAUCUUUUCGUAUUGUGUUAUUAACGUGAGUUAUUGUAUUUUACUAAACCUGGAUGCAGUUUCUUAUUAAAACAUAUUCUAUUGCAUUCCCCUCAAUCUAGUGAGUGAUUGGCAGUAAUAAAUGAUUAGUACCUCACGUUGCCUGUACUCUCAAGUACCAGGAGGCAUAACUUUAGGAUGAGAGGAGUAAAGGAUACAGGAGAUGUGCAGGGCAAUUUUUUUUCCACAGAGAGUGGUGAGUGCCAGUAACGUGCUAUUGUAACGUGGUGGUGGAAGCAGAUAUGGAAAGGCAUUUAAGAUACUUUUGGAUUGGUAUAUGAAUUAGAAGGGAAUUGAGGGAUAUGGAUUAUGUGCAUGCAGUUGUGUUUAGUAUCAUAAGGAUAUCAUAUUUGGCACAGACAUUGUAGGCCAAAGAGCCUGUUCGCAUUCUAGAUGUUGGAAAUCCAGUGAAGCUGUUGUGGGAGCUAAAACCAUAUUAGGUCCCAUUGGUGAAAUGGAAAGUAAUCAGCAGAGACAUUGCUGCUUUGUUGUAGCCAUGAGGUGCCUCCCAGUGCUAUAGUAUUUCAAUCACUUACGCUUCCUACCCAUUUACAUUGUUCAUAGAAACAUAGAAAUUAGGUGCAGGAGUAGGCCAUUCAGCCCUUCGAGCCUGCACCGCCAUUCAAUAUGAUCAUGGCUGAUCAUCCAACUCAGUAUCCCGUACCUGCCCUCUCUCCAUACCCCCUGAUUCCUUUAGCCACAAGGGCCACAUCUAACUCCCUCUUAAAUAUAGCCAAUUAAUUGGCCUCAAAUACCUUCUGUGGCAGAGAGUUCCAGAGAUUCACCACUCUCUGUGUGAAAAAUGUUUUUCUCAUCUCCGUCCUAAAGGAUUUCCCCUCUAUCCUUAAGCUGCGACCCCUUGUCCUGGACUUUCCCAACAUCGGGACCAAUCUUCCUGCAUCUAGCCUGUCCAACCCAUUAAGAAUUUUGUAAGUUUCUAUAAGAUCCCCCCUCAAUCUCCUAAAUUCUAGCGAGUUCAUUUUCUCUAACUAUUUAGGAGUUGCAUUGAAACAUUAAGGUUGCUUUAUGAUCAAAGAAGAUAAGCAGGAUCAAAGGAUAUCUCAUUAUAAUGUAUUGUCAAGCUUGAAAGGGUUUACGGAAGAUUAACCAAGACACAAGGAUUUGUCACAAAGAACUGACUAUAGGGAGAGAUUGAUCAGUUAGGGCUCUAUUCCUUGGAGCACCUUGGAAGAUGAGGGGUGAUUUUAUAGAGGUGCAUAAAAUCAUGAGAGGAAUAGAUUGGGAAAACGCUCAGAAUCUCUUGCCCUGAGUAGGUGAAUUGAUAACCAGAGACAUAAGUUAAAGGUGAGGGGGGGAAAGAUUUAAUGAGAACAUGAAGGGUUAACUUUUUCACACAAAGGGUGGUGGGUGCACGGGAUAAACUGCAGGAGGAAGUAGUUGAUGCAGGUACAAUCGCAACAUUUAAGAAACAAUUAGACAGGUACAUGGGUAGGAUAGGCUUAGAGGGAUAUGGGCCAAAAGCAGGUAGGUGAGACUAGUGUAGAUGGGGCAUGUUGGUUGGCGUGGGAAGAUUUUGUCAACGUGGCUCUUUCCACUCCGUAUGACUAUUAGAUUCGGUGUGGGUUUGACAGAAUACUGUAAAUGAUGAGAAACGUUUAUCUUAAGUCAAGGAGACUAAAACAUGAGUGUAAUAUUAGGACAGAGUCUGUAAAUUUAGAACUAAAUUGAGCAGAUAUCUAUAGAUUAUGAUGCCUUCUUUAUGCAAAAGCCUGCCAAUCUCUGGAUCUCUGGCCAAGAUUGAUAGAUUUUUUUGAAGACUAAGAACAUCAAGGGAAAUAGAAAUUGGACAGAAGGGUUGGAACAGUAAAGAAAGCUUCAAGUAACUGAUUGGAAAGUAAUUAAUGGUGGCAUCAAGGGCCAAAUAUCAUUUCGAGGACUAUCAAUCAGCUUGAAGAGAAUAAACAAUUAACGUGAAGAUACUGAGUUUUGUACCACAGAAUAAUUUUGGCACAGUGGUACAGCGAUAGUGUUGCUGCCUUAAAGGACCAGAAACCCGGGUUCGAUCAUGAACUACGGGUGCUGUCUGUACGUAGUUUGUACAGUUCCCUGUGACCGCAUGGGUUUUCACUGGGUUCUCUGGUUUCCUUUCACACCAAAGAUUUGCAGGUUUGUAGGUUAAUUGGCUUCUCCAAAUUACACCUAGUGUGCAGGAUGGGAAACUGGAAUAACGUAGAACUAGUGUAAGGGUGAUCGUUGGUCGGUUUGGCCUUGAUGGGCCAAAGGGCCUGUUUCCACGCUGUAUCUCUAAACUAAACUUAUGCCGUUGGUUAGGAGGUAUGAGAGUUUUUUGUGAUACCAAUACCAAUGUAUGGAGAAAUGCCAAAUUUGCCCUUUGGUGCAAAUCACGCCAUUUAAGCAGUGAAUACAAAUAAAUUAGUUUGUAAAGUCAACUGGAAAGAGCCGUAGUUUAAUGGACGUAGCAAAAAUGUCAAUUUUCUGGAAAAUACCAAAUAACUUUCUAAAUUAUCAUCCAGAUAUAUUAUUAUUUUAGAGUCAUAAAGUCAUAAUGUGGAAACAAGCUUUUCGGCCAAAUUUCCUCACACUGACCUACACUAGUCCCACCUGCCUGCAUUUGGCCCUAUCCUAUCCAUGUACCUGUCCAAGUAUUUUUUAAACAUUGUGAUGAUAUCUGCCUCAACUACCUCCUCCGCCAGCUCGUUCUAUUUACCUACCACCCUCUGUAUAAAAUAAGUUGCUCUUGGGUAACUAUUAAAUCUUUCCCCCCUCACGUUAAACCUAUGUCCUCUGGUUCUCGUUUCCCCUACACUGGAUAAAGGGGUAACUUUGGUGCACAGUAGCGCAGCUAGUGGAGGCACUGCCUUACAACAUGUUAGACACAGGUUUUUCCCAAAGGUGUGCUGACUGCUGUAAAUUGUCCCGAGUGUGUAGAAUCUGGAGAUGUGGGAGGAAUUGAUGAAACUGUCGAACAAACAGUUAAAGUGACAAUACCCUGUACUGAGUUUUUUUAAAGAGAUACAUCGUGGUAACGACCCAUGGAGUCCAUGCCGACCAUCAAUCAACCGCACCUAUGCUAUCCCACUUUGGCAUCCACUCCCUUCGGGCAAUUUACAGAGCGCAUUUAACCUGUGAGCCUGCACAUUUUUGGAAUGUAGCACAGAAUCAUUUAAAUGCCAACUUGUUUAGGAGGUUCCAAACUGCAUGACUCUAUUUGAAAACAAGGAAGAGAAUUUUAAAUGUAAUCUUUGCCAAACCAGCAACAAAUGUAAGACUGUCUGCAAAGGUUUGAUAAGUGAAUGAGGACCUGAUUUGAGAUAUCAUACAAGAAAGUGAUUUCAAAAUAAUCUCUUUUUUAUGAAAACCCAGAAAGAAAUUACCUGUAGCCCAAACAUGUGUUGGAUUUAAUGAUAAUCCAAAUGAUUGCAUGGAAAUUUGGGAUUUACAAAGAAUGAGGGUUGGGGUGAUAGAUAUGGUGUGCAUAUAUCCAGGUGUGAUGAGGAUCUGGAACUUAAUGGUUAUGCCCCUUUUGCAUAUGCAUUGCCAGUGUCCUGCACUAGAUUGGCCAGAUCCACACUGACUGGUGGGUAGGAGUAAGAAUGGUUUGACAAGGGAACUUCCACAAAGGCUCCAACUAAUUCGACCUCACAUCCAAGUGAUGCCAUUCAACUCUAUGUGGUUAUUGAACGAAGGGGCUUUCUUCCUCUUUGCAAAUUUCCCUUCCUCUGUAGGCCAGGAGGGAGUGCGAUGGCUGUAGGGUCAAGUUUGACUAGAGAUUUGGUCUUAUUUUAGCUGCUCAUGUUUCCAAGAGUGGAUUAAAUCUGGGGCUAAAGUCUCUUGUAUGUUCUUAAUACACAAUGCAUAAUUAAGACCAGGGAGAGUAUGCUUGCCUUCAGGUUAUCUGCUGUCUUUAGAUUUAGACCUUGGAGAUACAGCAUGGAAACAGGCACUUCGGCCCACUGAGUCUGUGCCGACAAGCGAUCAUCCUGUGUAUUAGCACUAUCCUCCACAUUAGGGACAAUUUUACAAUUUACAAACUCAAUUAAUCUACAAACCUGUACAUCUUUGGAGAUUACCCAAGCAGGUGAAAACCCACGGAGCAACAGGGAGAAUAUACAAAUUCCAUACAGUCAGUACCCGUAGGCAAUUUCGAUCCUGGGUCUCUGGUGCUGUAAGGCAAUAACUGUACCGCUGCGCCACUGUGCUGUCACUGUGCUGUCCGUAGCUUCUGCAGAUAAUAAUUUCUACAAUUAACCAAUUUGUUCCGAUAUUUGUUGACACCUAAGUUAUGUGAGUUGAUAAUUGUUACCUCAUGCUUCUUUACAUUGGGAACCUGAUUACGUAUGUUCCUUUACUCUGAAGAAAGCAUUUCAAUGUUAUUAAUUGCUAUGCUUUGCAUUUUUGAAAGUGUCAUUUAUUUCUGUUAAAAAAUUGGAAUAAACCUGUUAUAUGCAGACUGAA